AUGCCCAGCAAGCCCCCUACAUCAGUCAUCCCUUCCAACCCUCCAAAACAGACCACUCUCUCCCUAGGCGAGCUCCCUCCUCGUCCACAGCACUUCACCCACUCUCCAGGUAAACAACCCCGCACUCCCUCCCGUAUCGACCCUAACAACCCUCCCUGGCCCGCUUACCGCGGGUACCACGAGUUCUCCUUUGCCCACGCGACGAUGGGCCACCGCUUGCCUACCAUACUCGGCAAGGCGAUCGACGACGUCGUGCGUACCCUCAAUGAGCAGAGUGACGAGGACCGCAUCGUCGAUCUCGUCGAGGCUAUAUCGAGGAUGCAGGAUCUGAUGGUCGACCUGACUGGAAACACGAAGCUGCGCCCGAUAAUCGAUGAUGGAGAAGGAGAUAUCCCUCUCUGGAAUAAGGAGAUCGCACAGUUCUUCCAGGGGAAGGAUUUCAUGAAUGCUCCAUGGCUGUUUGCGGAGGCGUACAAGUAUAGGAGGCUGCAUGAGUGCUUCAGUAUAAGCAAGUACUGGAAGGAGUACGAUGUGUUCUUUCGCCAGAAGUGCGACACGUUCUCCCGCUCGAGCAAGGCCGUGUUUGAGCUCUCCACAAGGUUUGCUAAGCCUUGGGAAACGCCGGCGAAGGGCUUGGACGAGGCAAAGCAGACGGAAGCGGUCCGCUUGAUGUUCCAUGAGCUUACCCAGGUCUGCCUCUGGGGGAACUCGACCGACCUUUCUUUGCUUAUUAACAUGACCGAAGAGGACAUCAAGAAGCUCCAGUCUACAGGUGGGGACCAUCUCGCCGCCACGGAGAAGAACAUCCUCGGGAACGACCUUCCCCGACUAUGGGAGACCGUCAAGCGGAUCGGAGCCAAGCCCGACGGCCGCAUCGAUUUCGUACUCGACAAUGCCGGGUUCGAGCUGUACUGCGACUGUGUCUACGCUGACUGGCUCAUCCAGUCCGGCCUGGCGAAACAGAUCCGGUUCCACGGAAAGCGCUUUGCCUGGUUCGUCAGUGACGUCACGCGCAAAGACUGGGACUGGUUGUUGAAUACUAUGAUCUAUGGCCAGCUGUUCCCCGAAGCGUCAGACGAGGAGAUGGACACUCUCCGCCUGCUUGGUAACCGGUGGAAGCAGUACGAGAGAGACGGGAAAUGGAUAUACGAGCAACACCCGUUUUGGUGCACGGGCUACACCUACUGGGACCUGGCGACCGAGGCGCCGGACGUAUUCCUCCAUCUGUCAAAAUCGGAUCUCGUUAUCUUCAAAGGAGACCUGAACCACCGCAAGCUGACAUACGACUGCGAGGCUCCUCCAGCCACUCCCUUCCCGAUUGCUAUAGGUCCUAUGGCCUCUCUACCAGGAGCACCGCCUGUCUGUUCACUGCGCACGAUCAAGAGCGAUGUUGUUGUGGGCAUUCCGGAAGAGGUUGCGGAUAGGCUGAAUAGGGACGAGGACGGGUGGAAAAUUAGUGGCAAGUAUGCGGUUGUGCUCUUGUCGGACGGGAGACCGGGGGAGAAGGUGAUGUUUGGAGCGCUGGGGAGGGGGGCGUUCCAAUAUUAGCUGGAUGCAGUCAGGGAGCUCAUAGCUGAAAAUUGUACGUAUAUGCGUGCAUAUGCGUACUUCCGUCAUGUCCUGUGAUACCUACUCUUGUCUUCUCUUGUCCCCCUCGUCUCUCUCACCCGCCCUUUAUCCGCGUUGUAGCCCCUUCCCUCAAAAGAAUUCCCUCAAAGAGGAAGUAUGCGGGAAAAUGUAGCAUAGCUUUGUAGCAUGUUGCAACAGAACGCGUCGUAUUGCUACAUGUUUUCUUGGGAUGGAAUUAUUUAUUU